AUUAUUAUUAGUCAUAGUAAUUUCAAAUGAAAACAAUUCAAUCAAGUUAUUAAUAUAUAUUAUAUUUUUAGGGCGAAAUUGGUUUAAUAUUUAAAAUUGAAGCAACUUUACGUGAAAUUAGGAGCUUAAAUUGUGGGGGAAAGUUUUAUGAUUGUGAAAUUUGCUUCAGAGAUUUUAUUAAUUCAGUUCUAGAAUCAAUGGGAGAGAGACCCUUGUAGGGGAUUAUAGUGGGAAUGUAUGGUAGUCAAUGCUGGGUUUGAUUCCAUGGGAGGAGUUACUGAUGGUGGAGCUGAAAUUUCUUCUGCACCAUCUCCACAGCAAUUGUCAGAUCUUGAGAAAACCCAAGCACAGCUUAGGGAGACCUUCAAUGCUGCUGAGAAGUAUAGAAGAGAAUUAGAAUUCUUACAAAAAGGUGGUGAUCCGCUAGAUUUGAAAUUUGGGAAUGUAGCACCAGUUAGCCUGCAGUCCACUUCGCUGAUAGAUCCAAAUAAAGAGCAAAUUGUCACAAGUGUAGUGAAAGGCAGUUUUGCUGUAACUGCAUCACCUCAUGAUUCUGUUGAAAGUAGUGGCAGGCUCGGGGCUCCUUCAGUUGGUGAAGCCAAUAGUGCUGAUAACCUUAAGCUAUUUGAUGGUAACAAUAAGUAUCGUGAUGGUGAAAAGAGAUCUCUGCAUUCUCGUAUAAAUAGUACUACCCAAUCUGAUGUUGCACUAGAAAUUCCCAAAAAGUCAUACAGGCGUAGGAUUAGGUCUCGCCCUAAUCGUGAUGUUGCUCGGUCAAGUUCUACUGAUGCAGGUCCUCGGAGUGGUCAACCCUAUAUUUCUAGUACUUCCAAGCCUAAAAGUCCUAUGUCUCACAAGAACUUAGCUUCUAACAAUCGUUUGGAUGUCAAAUUAAAUGGUAGCCAGAAUCACAAGUCAACCCUCAGUCCUGCAUGUGGUCAACCUUUAACAUCUGAUACUCAAGAAGCUCCACUUUCUAUGUGUUCUGCAGAACAUGGAUCUGUAGGACAGGUAGAGCAGGAAACUUUGGGUUCUAGGCAUCCUCCUACUGCCAAUACACAAACAGCUGGAAACCAAGACUUGAGUCGGACAAAUGAUAAUAAUAGUGGAGAACUACAGGUUAAAAAGGGUUGUGAUUCCAAGUCAUCGUGCAGUCAAACCAAUAAUGAGAAUGAACCUGUGGCCAUUAUAAGAAACACUCAUUCUAAUGGGAUAGUAGAACAUGAUUUAGCAUCAAGGGAGUCACCAAGUAUGGAACAAAUUGGUGUAAAUACGGCAAAUGAUGAUAAGAUAUCAGACACUGGCAAUGGUAAUUCUGAUCCGUGCUCUCCGAGACACAAUGACAAUGGUUCUACACUUAAGGAAGAGGAAGGUUUAAAAGAAUCUGAAGCUGCCUUGCAAGAGUCUACAUUGUCCCUUAGGUGUUCGACUGAUGGUCCAGAGCAACAUACAUGCCCUCAGGGCAAUGUGAAACUGGCGAUCAAAGAACAUGGAGACUCAGUUUUAGAAGCGGCACGGAUUAUACAGGAAAAACGUAAGAGGAUAGCCGGUUUAUCGGUUGGAAUCUUCUCUUCUGAUAGUAAUCAUAGAUCACAUUGGCAUUUUGUUCUUCAAGAGAUGUCAUGGAUGGCUAAUGACUUUGCACAGGAACGUCUUUGGAAGGUAACUGCUGCUUCUCAUAUUUCUCGUAGCGCUGCUUAUAAUUCACGGGUCAGAUUUCAGCAACAAACUUCUCUGUGGAAGCAAAAAGAAGUUGCUCACACAUUGGCAGGAGCUGUCAUGGAAUUUUGGCACACAUUGCAGGUGAAAUGCCAUGAGUUGAAGUUAGAAGGGUCUAAAACGGAUAAUUUAAUUGGACUUCAUCAAUAUGGGAUAAGAUUCUUGGAGUAUAAUAGUAGCUCUCAGGCUCAGUAUAACUCAGCUCAAGCGCCUAUGACUCCUGAUAGGAUUUCUGAUCUCGGCAUCGUAGACAUUUUGUGGGAGGAUAAUUUGACAGAAGAGAACCUGUUUUAUACGGUACCAUCUGGUGCCAUUGAGGCCUAUAGAAAGUCUAUUGAAUCUCAUUUGCUACAAUCUGAGAGAAUUGCCACUAGCGUACAAGAGGAAGUGGAUGCUGCUGGGUUUGAUGCUGUGGCAGUCAUUGAUACUCAAGAUCGCCUAUUUGAAGAGGAGGGAGAAACAAGCACAUAUUAUUUGCCAGGAGCAUAUGAAGGUGGCAGGAUGUCACAACCUGCUCAAAAGAAAAGGAACCACUUCAGAUCAUAUGCCCCAGGAUCAUACGAGAUGGUACCCAAUACGUCAUUCAUGCAAUCCAAUGAAAGAGAUAUUGUGGCUCAACCUUCCGUGUUAAGUACGAAGCGACCUGCCACCAGUAUAAACGUUUCGAUCCCCACAAAACGCAUGCGGACCGCUUCCAGGCCAAGAUUUACUGGACCUUCAGGGUACAUUCAUGUGCCGGAUAGAGCAGAAGCUUCAAAUGAUGAUACCAAUUCCUUUCAGGAUGAGCAAAGUUCUCUACAUGGCGGCCCCCACAUAGCAAACACAAUGGAAGCAGAAUCAGUGGGGGACUAUGAAAAGCAGUUACAUUUCGACUUGACAGAUGUAUCAAACAGACCUAAAAAGAAAAAGAAGGCUAAACAUCCUGGAUCUAUGUUUGAACAUCGAUGGCAACUUGAUUCUAAUUUUCAGAAUGACCAGAAGGAUCACUCAAAGAGAAGGCUGGAUACACACCAAUUUGAUUCUAAUGGAAAUAGUGUGACUUCUCAGACGAGUAAUAUGUCCAACCCAAAUAAGUUUAUGAAAUUACUUGUUCGUGAUCGUGGGAGGAAAGCUAAAUCACUUAAGAACCCUGCUGGGCAGCCAGGCUCAGGAAGUCCAUGGUCGUUAUUUGAAGAUCAGGCCCUUGUUGUUCUAGUGCAUGAUAUGGGUGCCAACUGGGAACUCAUAAGUGAUGCUAUGAAUGGCACUUUGCAGUUUAAGUGCAUCUCACGAAAUUCUAAAGAAUGCAAAGAAAGACAUAAGAUAUUAAUGGAUAGGACUGGUGAUGGUGCUGAUAGUGCUGAGGAUUCAGGGUCAUCUCAACCCUAUCCGUCGACUUUGCCUGGCAUUCCAGAGGGAAGUGCCAGACAAUUGUUUCAACGGUUACAAGGACCAAUGGAAGAGGAUACACUGAAAUCUCAUUUUGAAAAGAUUAUUAUGAUUUGGCAAAAACAACAUCAUGGGAAGGCACAGAAGGAUAAUCAGGAUCCAAAGCAACUUCAGCAACCUCAUGGUUCUCAUGCACUUGCUCUUUCUCAAGUCUGCCCAAAUAACCUCAAUGGUGGACCUGUCCUCACGCCUCUUGAUCUUAAUGAUGCAAUUUCACCUAGCCCAGAUUUUGUUCCUGUUGGUUAUCAAGGUCCUCAUACCAGUGGGUUACCAGUUCCAAACCAUAGUGUAGCAGGAAUGGUCCCUGGCUCUAAUUCAGCCUCCUCACUACCUGGGUCUUCUGCAAAGGCUCUUGGAAGUCACUUGGCCUCUGCAUCUGCUCCACUUAGUCCCUCUGUUAGGGAGGGAAGAUAUGGAAUUCCUAGAGGUUCCUUAUCAGUAGACGAACAGCAUAGAAUGCAACAGUUCAAUCAGAUGUCGGCAAGGAACAUGCAACAGACAAGUCUGCCCCCUGGGUCUAAUUCAGGAACUGAUCGAGGGGUUCGUAUGCUGCCUGGUGGGGCCGGUAUGGGUGUCAUAGGUGGGGUGAACAGAGGCAUGGCAAUAGCUAGACCAGGUUAUCCAGGGAUUAGUACUCCUAUGUUGAAUCCUGGCAUGACAUCUGCCAUUGGACCUGGUCAAGGAAACUCAGUGAGACCUCGUGAGACUAUGCGUAUGAUGAGACCCAACCAGAAUAUGGCACCAGACCAACUGCCGCAGCAGGCAUCACAAGGUGGAAUGGGUUUUUUUGCAAAUCAAAAUUCCCAACUACAUGCUCAGCCAUACCCACAUUCAAUGUCCACCCAACAGUCCCCGCACAUCCCACAUGGUAAUUCUCAUCCACAUCCUCCUCAAUAUCCAGCCUAUGGAGGAAUGCGUUUUAUUAAAGAAAGGCAACUACAUCAUCAGCGUAUGCUGCAGCAACAAUUUGCUAUUUCCAAUCCCAUGGUACCACAUGUACAACCACAACAAUCUCCGGUUCCAGUUUCAUCUCCUCAGAGUAGUACGCAAGCACAAUCACAGUCUUCUUCUCCAGUAUCGGUUUCGCCUAUUGGGACACCCUCCAUGAAACAUCCUAUACCCCCACCCCAGCGUAACUCUCAAACUGGGGGCAACCAUACUCUGAAACAGAAAGCACGUCAGCCACAGCAAUUGCAGCCAACUGGUAGGCAACAUCCUCAGCAGGCAGCUAAAGUUAUGAAAGGAGGUGGCAGAGGAACUAUACACCAGAAUAUUCCUGCGGGUCCUUCUCAUCCGAAUGGCUUCUCAGGGAGCCAAAUUGUUGCAGAGAAAGGUGAGCAGCAAGUCGCACACCAAUUGGUGCAAAGUGGUAGAAUGGUAAAUUCUAAGCAGCCAAUGCCUCAUUCUUCUUUAAGUAGGUCACAACAACACAUGAGAUUUCCCAUUCAAACACAAGCUACUUCCUCAAAGCAACUUCUGUCUGAUACUAGCAACAAUCAUGCUCCAUCAGUGGCUCCUUCGUCUAGUACACAGCCAGUAAUGACUUCUUCCAAUUACCGCCAGCUCCAGCAGCCCCAAAAGUUAGGAAGUCGAACUCAAGCAGCAGCUGGUCAAAUGAUGGCACAUAAUUUAAAAGAAAGUUAUUUCGAGCUUCCUAUAAGCAAGGUGCACGCUAAAGAAGCAACUCAGAUAUCUGAACCAUUUAAUUCACCUGGUGCAAUGUCAGAUAAGGUUCCAUCUGGGAUAUCUCGGUCACCACCUCAUUCAAAUAGUGAAGGGAGCGGUGAUGAACACGAUGGACCAGCGAUUAACCUUGAGGGUGUUCAUAAGCAGUCUGAAUCAGACAGCUUGGGUAAUUCCGUAAAGUGGCAAGAGCAAUCGUCUUCAGAGCCAAUACCUCCCACCUGACCCCCUAUUUUUUUACUCAAAUGGAGCACUCAGGUUGGGCUGUCAUUCACAUGUAAUAGGAAUGUACAGAUGACGUUCAUAGAUCCAUCAGGCAGUUAGUACAAAGAAGAAAACAGGCAGCAUAGUUUUCUAAAAGUUAGUGUAGGGGUUAACUGAAAAAAUUGUUGGCAGGGCUAAUUUGUGGGCAAUAUGUAUAUAGGAUCCUCAACUCUUAGAGCCUUGGAGAGAUGGAGAAACUUAUAUAGAGGUAUGUGUACAGAGUUCCCAUCUCUCCUUAUAACAUUUUGUUUCUUAGUCUUAUAUUUUUGGAACCCAUAGAUUAGCGCUAUGUAUUAUUGCCCCUUCAUAGCAGGGGUAUAGUUGUCAUUGUUAUUGGCUGAAGCCUUGGGGAAUUUUGUAAAUACUAGCCUUUUAGUGUACAUGCAGAUUAAUGUUGUCAA